AUGGCUAGCUACUCCCAGCAGACUGCCGCGCCGGGCCGCGACAAUCUACGUAAUACAGUAAUUGAAGAUGCACCACAGGUAUCACUCCGACGAGCACCUCCUCAGCGGCUUAUGGAGCGGCCGAAGAUCAUCUCGCCUAUGAGCGACGACUUCCCGACACCCAGAGGGAACUCGACCUACAUUCCGGUUAGCCCAGCAAGUUCUGCUACUCAGUCAUCUGAUGAGGACUCACUAUGGAGCAAGCGUUCGUCUGAGUCCGAAUAUGACGAGCUGUACGAUGUCAGCGAGAGCGAGGUCGAUGAUCUACCAUUCAAGCUCUCUGGCUCUGUGAAGAAGAGGAUGAACGUGCCAAAGCCAGAGCGAUACCCAUCGCUCAUCAUCCCAUCGCCAAGCCAGUGGCCAACAAUCGAGAAGCUCAGGUCUACUACAACAAUGUCGCCCCCCGUCAAUGUGGUGUUAUCACCCAAGGCACUGUCACACCUGCAACAAAGAUCACUACGUGUGCCAAGUUCGUCUUCUGCGCCGUCGCUCGAUGGCAGCCUGACGUCCGAGGAGCUUGCAAUUUCAAGCUGCCCAUCAACGCCAGAUCUACAGCAAGCCGCAGACAUUGAAGACGAGGCUCCAAUGCAGCUCGAUCCGAUGGCUCUUUUCUUGCUCCAACAAAUCCAUCCAGAGGGCGAGCAGAGCAACGACCAACAGGAGACGGUCAUUGAGGUGCCUCAAGAAGCCAUCUCUGAGAUGAGAGAAAUCAUCGAGUCACCGCCACUUACCGGCCGACUAUUGGGCAUUGACACCAAGAACCUUCAGCCUCAGACAUCCGCGAAGGAUAUGGGCGAUCGAAGCGAUGCUGACGAUGAGCUCUCCGCGCUCUCGGUACCAUCGCCGGGUGGUUUCUUUGCGUCGCUGGACUCUUCCGUCCGCCGAACGUGGUCAGGCGCCUCGCCAGCUCCGACUACAGGUGUCGCCGCGCAGUUCUACGGCGUGCCAUUCCGACAAGAUGCUGCACCACCCCUACCUACGAGCAUGGCAACCUCCUUUUACGAUCUUCCUUGGAAAUCAAGGCCCGACAAUGCCGUCGAGCAGACCGUUGCCGUAGCCUCGCCAAAAAGCGACAAUGCACCCAUCACAGCUCGCCGCAUCAUGUUCUCCCCCACGGACAUCAUCUCCGAAGUCGAAGAAAUUGAUGAUACCUACGAGUCUGUGCUGCAAGAAACUGCUUCAACCAACAUUGACCGGACACAGCUGUGGCUUUCGGCUCAGACCGACUACAUGAAGGCGAUAUGUGAAGACGAAGCAGAUACAGAAGAGAUGAACGCAAGCUUCAGAGACAUCGCAGACGCAGUCCCAGUCACGCCUGACCAAGAGUCACAGCCGACUCUAGAUAUUUCACCAAGCAAGAAGUCCGUACGCUUCGCCGCCGGCACGUCGCCAGUUAAUAAGCUCAAGUCUGAGCCUGGCAAGCGCAUCUCGCCAAUCCACGAUGGCACAUUCUGGCAGGGAUGGCGCCAUGCAAAGCGAUCUCAACGUGCACGCGACGUCUUCCAACACCGCCAGGCUCGCGCUGAGGCAGAUCAUGUUCGUCGAAGCAGCUGCUCUAAGGAUCACCUUCAGCAGCUGCAAGGAAGAUAUGAGAUCACCUUCACCGACCGACCUGCACCAUCCCGACCUAUCUCUUCGAUGCUACCCGCCACGACCGAGGACGAAAAGAAGGAAGUCAUCGAGCGUGUCGAGCGAGAGAGGCAAGCACUGCACCAGAUGCAAUCGUCGGCAUGGGCACUGUCCGCACAGAAGGAGGUGAAUGGUGGUAGACUCCUUACCAGCCCGGUAGUGUCCUCUUUCAAGGUUCGCCGUGAUGUCCAGAUACUUGACAUUGCUGGCCAGGUGCACUGUGGCUGGGCAUGGAGUGUCGCUGCGGAUCAUCCGGAUGCUUCAGUAUACACUACUGUGUCGUCUGACGCCGAAGCACAUGUUGCCGAGUCUUCGCUCGACGGACCUGAUAACCAUUUCGUCAUCGCAGCGCCAAGGCCAUGGGAGCUACCUUUCGAGGACAACACUUUCGAUGUCAUCAGCGCACGCAACCUCUAUGCCUACCUGAAGACUACGUGGCCCAAGGGUCAAGCAGCCGAUGAGUGGGACCUGACGUUGCGAGAGUGCUUCCGUGUACUCAAGCGUGGUGGCUACGUCGAGUUCGACCUUCUUGAUGCCGAGCUUGUGCAUCCUGAGCAAAUCAGUCAAGCUUUGAGCGUAGAGUUUGCUUUCAACCUGAAGACUCGAGGCUACGACCCAUCAGCUGGCAAGAACUUCUUGCCUCGUCUCAAACGUGCUGGCUUUGGCGAUAUCAAGCGAGCCUGGAUGAUCCUACCAGUAGCCGAUGUCCUGCCUCGAUGGACCGAUAGCGGCAAGACCCCUAGCAGUGGCUCGAGCGGCGCUACCAUUACUCCCGGUGCAAAGCGGGAAGACUACUUCGGACCCAACGCUGAGCGCUGCAUCGCAGCUGACGGUAGCGUGACCUACUACGACCCACCAGUCACUGGCAGCACAAAGGACGUCCGCGCCAUGACUGGGUUGGUUGGAGCGAGGAUGUGGGAGCAGUGGAUGGUGAAGCUCAACGGUGAGAUGGGACGACAUGAAGGGAGAUGUCUUGAGGGUGUUGCCAAGGCACUUGAGGAGGGUGGUAAGGGCAACGCUGGGUGGAAGUGCUUGGUUGGAUGGGCGAGGAAGCCGAUGUAG